CUUGAAUUUCUGUGCAUAUAUAAAAUCCCAGUUUCAACGUUCUUUCUUCUUCCCCCCACACACCACACAGCAGAAAAGCAAAAUCUUCUUGUUCAAGCAGCAGCAGCAGUAGCCAUGGCGAAACGUUUGAUCCCAACACUUAACAGGAUUUUGAUUGAGAAAAUUACAGCUCCUGCUAAAACAAGUGCCGGUAUUCUUCUCCCUGAGAAGUCCGCUAAGCUGAAUUCCGGGAAAGUGGUGGCUGUUGGGCCAGGACUUCAUGACAAGACAGGGAACUUAAUCCCUACUGCUGUCAAGGAAGGCGACACCGUCUUGUUGCCCGAGUACGGUGGUACUCAAGUCAAGUUGGGGGAGAAAGAGUUUCAUUUGUACCGGGAUGAAGACAUUUUGGGGACACUGCACGACUGAGCAUCUAUAACGUUUGAGUUUUCAUUCACGCUGUUGAGGUUUAUUUAAGGGGGGUGGGGAGGUUAAUUUCAAGGAUGUUUUUGGUUUAAGCAUUCGAAUCGUUGAAUUGUUGACAAUGUGUUUGAUAUCUAAUGCAAUGAUAGUUGAAUAACUGUUCUUUUA